UAUUCUCUUCUGUUGGCUUAAUAAACGAUGAGCGUCGUAAAGGCAGUUUGGUUCCUUCUGCAUCCACGCAGAAUGACGCAAGAGGAAGGAAAUGAGAUUGAGAAGUCCAGUUCAGGCUUCAGCGAUGUGUGCUACUAGGUAUAAAGCAACUGCUAACUUGUGUGCAGAUCCAGAAGCAGUUUCUUUUUUUUCAGUCUCUCUAGCAUCACUCCACCAUCUUGUACUGUCUGGUCACCAUCAUGGCAGGAGCUGUGCUUCUCCCCUUUCUCUGCUGUCUCAUUUGUCCUUCACGGAAACAAAAAAUAAAAUACAAUUUCUGUGGGGUUGUGGAGAAAACCAUCAGUUUCACUGGGAUCCACUAGAACGUAGUACAGAAGAAUGUAAACAGACAAAAGGUUUUGCUACUCUGAAACAACAAACUGAGAGCACAGUGAGACAACUUUGUAAUAAUGAGCAUAAAAAACUGCUUAAUAAUACAGACAUAGUUUCUAAUAACCUUACACAGGAGAAAGGUACAUUGAUUGCAGAAGGAUCUGAGAGUUUUAAUAGACAGAGUACAUGCUUCGAAGGAUCCAGCAAACUAACUGGUGUAGAAUGUGGUGAUAUAGGAUGGUCCAAGAAUGCAGACAAAGACAAUCAAAUGCCUGAUAUAAGUUUGAAACCAUUUGAGACAUUUCACAGAAAGGAGGGUAAUGUUAGGACACCAGCAGAACACACAAGGGAGGCGAGGCUAGCAAAAAGUCCUAUGGAAAAUCAGCAGUUGAGUCCAUUGGGAGAAAAUAUACUUGGCAAAAGUGAUAUGAUACAUGACAACGGUUUACCUGCUAAGAUUGCCAGACCUAAGAUUAAAGCUCUAACUGCAUGUCUUGGUGUCAAUCUAGCUGCUGAUGGCAUACAACAUGGCACCUCUGUAAGCUCAUCAAAAAAAAAAAUUAAAGCUUGUAGAAUUGGCACACACAGGAACACAUUCUCUCCCCGUGGGAUGAAGAUACUUCUUACAGAAAAAGAAAAGGAACAACUCACUGUAGGACAUAAGCGGCAUCAUGGAGACCAUGAAGUCACUAUAGAUGUUGAAACAUCCAGAGAUAUCUGUGAAAUACGUGAUUCACUUGAGAGAUAUCAAAAAGAUGAUGAUAGUGCAGAAAUGGCUAAGAGGAUCAACUGGAGCAAUGAAGGGGAGCAAGGUUUGAGCGAGAGUAACCCAGAUGAUGGGAAAGUACAAAACCAGACUCCCAAUAGCCAGAAACCUUUCAUGGAUGACGAAGUUGCCCAAAUAUGUAAGAAGAGAAUAAGGAAAUCAACUCCAAGUGAGCUUUUUUUAUGUGAACUGGAUAACUGUGGAAAAGUAUUCUCUAAGAGACAAUAUUUGAAUUAUCAUCAGAAAUACCAGCAUGUGAAUCAGCGUACCUUUUGCUGUCCAGUACCAGAGUGUGGGAGAAAAUUUAACUUCAAAAAACAUUUAAAGGAACAUGAAAAGAGGCACAGCGACCAACGAGACUUUAUCUGUGAAUUCUGUGCUCGUGCUUUCCGUAGCAGCAGUAACCUCAUCAUCCACCACCGAAUACACACUGGGGAGAAACCACUUCAAUGUGAAUUUUGUGGGUUUACCUGUAGGCAGAAGGCAUCGCUUAACUGGCACAUGAAGAAACAUGAUGUUGACACUUUCUACCAAUUCCCCUGUGAUAUUUGUGGUCAGCGCUUUGAGAAACGUGAUAACCUUGCUGCUCACAGAAGCCGCAAGCAUCCUGCUUCACUUGAAUCUGCACCAGUAGAAACUACCCUAAUUCAUUCUUCUGAUAAAGUGAAUAAACAAGGCUGUAAAAUUGCCCCAGGGCGCUUUUCAACCAAUGUUAUACAGACGACAACAGACAACACUCAAAAUGUCAAAGAGUCAAUGUCCAGUCAAUUUCUAGAACGGACACAUAAUACAAAAGACAUGCUCCAAGAAAAUGUUCAGGUUUCAGACCAUGUGCAAUCUGAGAUAUCUUUAGUGAUUAUUUUGUAAUUUAGCCUUUGUGUUGCUUUGUAAAGUGUGUUGUUUAAAUGGGAACUAGGGAAAUUACAUACAGCAGAUAGGGAGGUUAUAUACAAAAAUCUUGCAAGGUUAUAGGUGUCAUAUGACUUUAAGGAUCCAUGUUUGAACUAUUACAGGUAUCAGACCCCUUAUCCGGAAACCCAUUACCCAGGAAGUUCCGAAUUACAGAAAGACCAUCUCCCAUAGA